CAUGAAAAGUCGCAAAACCUCAACUUCAGCAAAAGGAACCCCUCAAAUCCUCCUGUCCAUUUCCUCAACCUCAUCAUUAAAUCUUUCAGACACCACGUCUCGUACCGCAGCCCUCCACAUUUCUCCAUUUCCAACAACACAGCUUUUGUCCUCACUCUUGACGCGGACUGACGAGACAUCGCAGAAUGACAGUUCCCUCACGCUGACGCAUUUCCGUGUGAGAGUGUCAUCUCUCUGACUCUCUCUUUCGCCUUUUCUUGUUUCUCUCGCGUUCUCGAUCUUCCUUGAUGCCUCCCACGUUCUUGCCUCUCCGGUGGGCGAACACCCGAGACCAGUGGUGGUGCGCCUCCCCUAUAGAAUGCGCAGCCGCCAGCGGCCACUACGAGCUCGUCCGCGAGCUCCUCCACAUCGACCCCAACCACCUCAUCGAGCUCACCUCCCUCCGCCGCAUCCGCCGCCUCGAGGCCCUCUGGGAGGAGGCGGGCGACGCCGGGCGCUUCCGCGGCAUCGCCGAGCACCGCUCCCGGGUGGCCCGGCAGCUCCUGCAGGAGUGCGAUUCGAAGAACAGAGAUUCCCUCGUCAAGGGUCGGUACGGUAUCGGUGGGUGGCUCAUGUACACUGCCGCGUCGGCAGGGGACUUGGGUUUCGUCCGAGAACUGCUGGAGAGAGACCCGUCUCUUGUUCUGGGAGAGGGCGAAUACGGCGUGACCGACAUUCUCUACGCCGCUUCCAGGAGCGGGAGCCUUGAAGUCUUCAGGAUGGUGCUUGAUUUCACGGUGUCUCCGAGGGCGUUUUUGUCGGUGACGAAGAUUGCAGGGCAGGGAGGUGUUGCUUCCGUGUACAAAUGGGAGGUGAUGAACAGAGCAGUGCAUGCUGCUGCCAGAGGAGGCAAUCUGGAGAUCCUGAAGGAGCUCGUCGCGGGUGACGGCCGCUCUGAUGUUCUGGCCUAUAGAGAUGCUCAUGGCUCCACUCUCUUGCACUCUGCCGCCGGCAAAGGACAUGUCCAGGUGGUUGAGUAUCUCAUGAAAGCCUUCGACAUGAUUGACUCGACCGACCAUCGAGGCAACUUGGCGUUGCACAUGGCUGCUUACAAGGGUCAGUUACCCACCAUUCAGGCACUAAUUUCUUCUUCUCCGUCUUCUGUCCUGUCGACGAACAAAAAUGGAGAGACUCUCCUCCACAUGGCUAUUUCCGGUCUCCAAGCUCCGGAUUUCCGAAGACUGGAUGUCCAGAUCGAGACAAUGAAGAAAUUCUUGAGCGGGGAAGUCUUCGAUGUGGAAGACAUAAUCAAUGCGAAGAAUAACGAUGGCCGGACCGCUCUUCACUCGGCAAUCAUUGGUAACGUGCAUCCUAAACUAGUGGAGAUCUUGAUCGCAGCACGAGGAAUCGACGUGAACGUUCCUGAUGAGGACGGGAUGUCCCCACUCGAUUGGCUCAAACGGCGACCUCGCUCCGCAUCAUCAGACAUAUUAAUAAGGAAGUUAGUUUUGGCCGGAGGCCGAAUGCUCGGGAUUCAGGAACUUUCUGCCAGAGAAGCCUUGCCUUUGGAGAUAAAGACGCAUGGUAACGGAACUACUAGUCCCGGAACAACUUUUCGAAUAGCCGAUAACGAAAUUUUCUUGCACGCCGGAGUUUGGGACACGUCAGAUGCGGACGGCUAUCGGAAUAGCGCAGGAGUCAACUCUUGCUCGUUCGACUCGACCGACAGAAACAGCAGUUCGUGCAUCAGCGAGAGACCCGGUUCCGCGAGUAACAUUUCGAGGCGACUUAAGAGGUUCAUGUGGCCAGCGGUACGAGCAAACAAGCAUGACCCAGGAAUCUGCAACAAGUAAGGUGUAGAAACGUAGGGGCUUGAAAAUCAUAGUGGGAAUGUAUAACAUAAAGAACUGAAGGAGAGAGUUUUUCUUCUUCGGCUGUUCAAUGGAAGUUAUAAAAACCCCGGUACAAUUAGAGGGGUUCAUUUCAUUCUUGA